AUGCUAGACGGCCAGCCAACACUGGAUUGCUUCCAGUGUGAACUCAACGUUCUGAGGAAGCAAGAGAAGAUGAGCGUCUAUUCCAAAGCCGGCAUCGAGGCGCGGCUGAAGGAGAUAGGGAAGCUGGAUCGGUUGCUGAGGCGCGUGGCGGCGGCGGCGGGCGAGGCAGACCCCAGAGCGGUGCAGGCGGUGUGUGCCACCCAGUGGAGCGUCUGCCUGCCCCUGCUGCAGCGCAACCUCAGGAAACGCGUCCGGACGGAGCUGCAGAGGGUGGCCCAGGCCCUGGAGGACAUCAACAGGUGCCCCGAAUGCCCCGCAGGGUUUUUAGUUUGUGGUGUGAAGAGCAGGACGUGUUUUGAGAAAGAGAAAGUAUGGCGAAUUUCUUGCACAACAGUAAGCAUAAUUUUAGUUCAGGAAGGUUAACUGGGAAAAAGAUGACCAGCCACUAAAAUAAGAGACACAUGAGAUGGCGUGUAAAUGCAAUCGCUGCGUCACCAUGACAGCAAAUAGCAGCUCUCUGGUGGUGUCUCCACGCUUGUCCUUUUAACUGCUCUGCUAAUGAGGAGAUUGUUAUCAGCUGGCCCAAGAGGCUCUUCGUGUGUAAUUGGACCAGCUGUGCAUGAUUAAUGUUUGGCACUCUGGCACCACUGGCACUCCUAUGUAGACCCUAUUAGGAUGUUCUCACAGAUCUGCCUGACUGAUAUCAAGUUUGAUUUAAGUUUGACUGGUCCCAAGUUUGAUUCAGUGUUUUUCAGUUCAACAUUUCACAAUAGGAUUUCCAAAGUGGAUCCCCCAAUUUGAGGGUUCAUUGUUUUUGUUGCCGUCCCAUCAAAAUCAUUUGUGUGUGUGUGUGUGUGUGUGUGUGUGUGUGUGUGUGUGUGUCAUCAAAAAACAUAAACCUGUUGCCCACAGAGGAGACUUAAGACAGAAUUUGUCUUAAAAUUACCAUUGAAAAAUAGAUCACAAGCAGUCUUGAUCAUCACAGCAACAGCAGGCAAUCUGCAGCCAGAUGGUAAUCUCUGACUCGAUAGUCAAUCAUUUAACAGAAAUUAAGAUCAGCACAACAAAGAUCCCUAGAGUUGUUUCUAAAGGGUUGCUUCUAAAACUCAUUACAGCUUUUUUGAUGAAUAAUAAUUCCUCACUGUAUUUAUUAUCCAUUUAAGUUUUUCCACUGUUGAUGUGCGUGAGGGUGUUCUCAAGCCUCCACUCACUUCUUCUAACAAACUUCUGUAGCAAUUACCUGAAUUCUCAUUGACUUGAACAGAUUAGCCUCAACCGACACGAGAAAAGGAAAUGGGCAACAUUCCCUCAAUUCUUCAACCCACUUUCCUGUCUUUCUUCAUUUUCUUGUCCUUAAAAAAAAAGCCCAUCAAAUAUAUUUAAACAAAAAAGGAAAGAAAGUGCUUGUUUGCUACAUGUAUCUCAAACUGUUAUUAAACAGUUUGAGAUACGGUUAUUUUGUCACUUGGGUAAAGUUUGUUUGACCAACAUAGACAUUCAAUGUUUUCUACAUUCUACCUGUUGAAUCUCAGCUACUUACAUCAUGGAAUACAAUUAAUUUGUAUUUUUUUGCAAUGUGGUAAACUGCCUUUGUUUGUGUGUUGGUCGUAUGACUCGGGCUACUACUCAACGUCGUCACUCUUCCAUCUUAACUGAGCGUUUUUCAGACAACCAGAGACCAAGACCAGGGGGUGGGGGAUGGAUAUCGCUGCGUAGGCACCCCCCUUGUAACCCGAUGAACCAUAUAACCUGCCUCCCUGCCCCAGCGUGCUGCUGGAGACCCGCUGUGAGGUCCACCAGGAGCUAGCCCUCCUGGAGGAGGAGGAGGGCCGUCUGGAGGCCUCCCUGGGGCACCUGGAGAGAGCCGUGCUGCUGGCCGACGGGCCGCGCAGAGAGCGCCUGUUGACCACGGUCCACCGGCUGCGCCUCAGAGCCACCCUGUACAGCGCCCCCAGCAGGCCGGAGGACAGGGCCGCCAUGCUGCUCCAACAGGUUCCUUUGUCCAGUUUUAUUCUUUCCAAUGAUUAACCAAGAUGACUUUCUUGCUUUGGUACUUCUCCCGUGUUUGGUACCUGGAUGGUGGAUCCAUAGCUCUACCCCGCAAAAAAAACAGCUGGAGAAUAUCUAACCCGUCUUCGGAAAACCAAUCUGACUGAACAGAACUGACUGACUGACCUCUUUAUUCUGUCUGUAUUCUGAAGAUAAGGCGCUGUUAAUGUUUCCUCUGAUGUUCCGUCAGCGGCCAAUAUACUGGAAAUGUUUCAUGGAAAUGGCAUUGCCUUUAGGCCGUGCUUAAUACAUUAGUUCCAUGGAGAUAUCCAGACAAACCCUCCAUAAUCUGUGUAUUAUGUCUGCAUGUAACAAGAUCAAGAAAAUGGGUCUCUGCGCUUAGUCCUUGGUCAUUAUGUGUCUAAAUAUAUCAUCUCUAAUCUCUGGUGAAAAAAGCCUGAUUAAAAAUGUUUGACUGGGCCAUUAACAAACCAUGGCUGCUUGUCUUUGAGAUGUGGCGUUGGGGAAGCAGGGGUCAAAGGUUGCACCAGCUAAGAGUGGUUCAUGGAAGAAUAUAAUAAUAUCUCUCUCCUGCUCUCUUCCCCCUCUGCUUGCAAGCAAAGGACA